AGUGGAGAAGAGGAGGGGCGCCCACUGCGCAGGCGUCGCUCGCACCUUGUUGAUUAGUCAGUCCGUGCUGGGAUGGCGUUUACUGGGUCAGCUGGAGCUGCAAGCAGAGGAGCCAGCGGGAAGAGCCGCCGCCGUCUGUGCAACCCACGCCGCCGCCGCCGCUGCUGCUGGGGGGCCGGCGGAGGAGCAGCAGCAGCAGCAGCUGUCGGCGGCGACUCGCCUUGCUUUUAAGCCAAGCCCAUCAUGGCCUGGGAAGGCGGCGGCGGCGGCGGCGAGAGUCGAGGCUGAGGAGGGCGAAGCCGCCACCAGACGACCCCCGCCGCCGCCCGGACCCCAAGAAGGGCGGGAACAUGGAUGCGGGCCCCUCGCCGGGCUCCAGUCUGAAGGAUGUGAAGUGGAGCGCCGUGUCUGUCCCGCUGGACCUGCUGGAGAAGCUAUAGAAGGUCUUAGGGAGAGUGAGUACCUUUUGAUUCAUUCAUGCCGACAGUGGACCACAAUUACAGCUCAUAGUCUGGAGGAGGGACAUUACGUCAUAGGGCCGAAGAUAGAAAUCCCUGUGCAUUAUGCUGGGCAGUUUAAGCUGCUGGAACAAGACCGUGAUAUUAAGGAGCCAGUGCAGUAUUUUAACAGUGUGGAGGAGGUGGCUAAAGCAUUUCCUGAACGAGUUUACGUCAUGGAGGAAAUAACAUUCAACGUUAAGGUGGCUUCGGGCGAAUGCAACGAAGACACCGAGCUUUACAACAUCACCCUCUGCACGGGAGACGAGCUGACGUUAAUGGGGCAAGCGGAAAUCCUCUAUGCAAAAUCUUCCAAGGAGAAGUCACGGCUCAACACCAUCUUCAAGAAAAUCGGGAAGCUCAAUUCCAUCAGCAAGCUGGGCAGAGGCAAGAUGCCGUGCCUGAUCUGCAUGAACCACAGGACCAACGAGAGCAUCAGCCUUCCUUUCCAGUGCAAGGGCCGCUUCAGCACGCGCAGCCCCCUGGAGCUGCAGAUGCAGGAGGGCGAACACACCAUUCGCAACAUCGUGGAGAAGACGCGGCUGCCCGUGAACGUGACUGUGCCCAGCUCUCCGCCGCGAAACCCUUACGACCUGCAUUUUGUCCGCGAGGGGCACCGCUACAAGUUUGUCAACAUUCAGACCAAGACUGUGGUGGUUUGCUGUGCGCUGCACGGCAACAAAAUCAUUCCCAUGCACUUCCCUUUGCAUUUGGCUCUUCCAAAGUUCACGCUCCCCGAAAGCCUUGUGAAAGGGGAGGUGGGUCACGAAGCCUUUGUCAAGCACUGGUUCAGUCUCUGCCAAGAGCAGUUUGACAUCGACGAGUAUUCCCGUGGCGUGAGAGAUGUGAAAGCCGACUGGAAUGAAGAGUGCAAAAGUCCGCAGAAAGCCCGGCCCCACAGCCACAACCACAUGCCAAACUCUCUUAGCUACGCUCGGGACGAGUUGACGCAAUCCUUCCACCGCCUCUCAGUUUGUGUUUAUGGAAACAACCUCCAUGGAAAUAGUGAGGUGAACCUUCACGGCUGCAGGGACUUGUGCAAUGAGUGGGCUUUAUUCUCCCAUGAUGCCCUGCAGUGCCAGGACUCUGGCGAUGGCAGCAGCGACUACCUGUUCCCUGAAGUUUGUGAAGAAUCAUUGUGUUUACCUACCAAACCGGAACUUCCUUAUGAGGAACUGUGGCUGGACCAGGGGGGUGGGAAAAUGAAUGAUCAGCCUUUCACUCGCUCACAAAGUGAGAAGAACAAAUGUGACAGCUAUAGGAGUUCUUUCCGGUCCAAGUGUGGCAAUUCUUCUCUUCCAGCACCUGGGCCUAUAACAGUAACAUCAAAAUCUCCAGAAGUUUCCCUACCUCCACCACCUGUGCCUCCUAAAUCAGAAGCAGUCAGAGAAGAAUGUAGACUCCUGAAUGCCCCUCCUGUUCCUCCACGAAAUUCAAAGCCAACAUCCACCAGUCCAUCUGUUCCUCCGCGGGCAAACAAGGCAGCACGGCAGCAGACUCGUUCUCCUAGUCCAACACUCUCGUACUAUUCAUCAGGGCUGCACAACAUCAAUGCUGCAGAAGGAGAAGCUGAGUCUGCCUCCGAGAGUGCUCCUGUUGCUUGCUAUCCGUGCAGCACAGUGAAGGCUGACCUACAAGAUUUUGGCAACCUGCUGCCUUUUGGAAGCCCCUCUGCUGAUGCUCUGUCCUCCAGGCUUUCGUGGCCAAAUCAUUGUUCCGGAGCUGCUGAAGGCCUUAACAGGGGUGAAUUUCUAUUGGACCCAAGCAGGAGUUACAGUUAUCCAAGACAGAAGACUCCUGGCACACCAAAGAGAAACUGCCCAGCAACUUUUACAUUUGACUUGGAUAGAAGUGAAUUUCCUGUAGGGGACACCCUGCCAGCUGCAGCAGAACCUGGUUGUGCAGUGCCCACUUGCCCAAAGUCGGCGAGUUACUCUCUCGAGUGCACCGAUGAGAAGAGCCUGGCAGUCAGUAGCACACCGCAAUCUCUCUCGUGCCCUGCCUUACCCCCUCGUGCACCAAAAGCGGCAGAUGAGAAGCCCAGCCUUGACUUGUGUCCACUGCCUUUCAGAAUAGAUGGUGCGGAGGAAGAGCCGCAGGCAGGCUCGCCAGACCUUUCUGAAGAUCAGUACCUUGGCAAAAAGGGCAUGCAAGACAUCUUUGCCAUCCCUUAUCCUUUCUCAUCUCCCCUCCACCUUCAGCUAGCACCAAGGUCCUGCGGCGACGGCUCUCCUUGGCAGCCCCCUGUGGAUCUGUCUGGACUUUCAAUAGAGGAAGUUUCUAAAUCUCUGAGGUUUAUAGGUUUAUCUGAGGAUGUCAUAUCCUUUUUCGUUACAGAGAAGAUUGACGGCAACUUGCUUGUUCAGCUCAAUGAAGAGAUCCUUUUGGAGGACUUCAAGCUAAGCAAGUUGCAGGUUAAGAAAAUACUGCAGUUCAUUAACGGCUGGCGACCUAAAAUGUAGUGCUACAAAGCCGGUGCAAUAAAACUCAGAGAGAGGUGUGCCAGAAGCACCGGGGCUAACACACAGUCUCUCGUUUUUGUUUUUGUUUUUGCACUAAAAUCCUCUGUUGCUCUUAUGUAAAUAUCGUAGCAGGAAAAAAACAUUCUUACUAUGCAGAUAUUCUGAGUGGUGAGCAGACUCUUUUGUACAUAGUAGAAACAGGGAGGUGUGCCUUGUGCAUCCCUGAACAUUCAGAAGCUGCUAAACAGUGGGCUUUAAAGGGAAUUUAAUUUGUACUCAGUGUAGUCUAUUAAGACAUUAUAUUUAUUAUUAUUGAUUAGGCAAAGCUGAACAGCACACAAAUCACCUUGAUUUUUGUGUGUUUACCAAUAAAUGUAUUUCCUCUUGGGGGUUUUUGGUUUUUUUUGUAUUCUGAUGGCUGCAUACCUUGCCUUCAGUUCUGAUUUAUCCAGUGGUUAGCGUCCUUCUCCCACUCGUUCUAAUUGUUGGGAUAGCAUUCCUUUUUUAUGUGGGUUGUGAUUAGAACCCUUUUCUGAAUGAAUCCAUCUUCCAGUAGGAAAUUCAAACCGCAAAAAAAAAAAACCGACAAAGAAUUUAGUAGCUUCACGUCACCUCCAGAUGAGUGCAGAUUUCUCAUUGAAAAGGCAAUACAAGUUCACCACUUAUUUCUCUGUCUAGUUGAAAACAGGGUUAGUUUUUAUAGAGUUGUUGGCCUUUAGGAGAGCAAUACUUACCGGUAAUUCUCUGCUCUUAAAUCUCUUGUGAGCUGUCACUGCCCUGCUCACACAUGCAUUGUUUUCCUUUCUGCCUUGUUAUCCACCUGUGGCCUCUCUUUCUGCUCAGUUAUAAUUUACAGGGCGAGGAGGGGAAAAGAGAGGUAGCAAAAAACACAUUCAGCUUCUACACACAUGUAUUUAUAAAGGGGCAAUGAUCUAUGAACGCAGCAUAAUUUUCAACCUAAUAGCACUAGAGUGAGAAGGAAGGCCUUGGUCUUUCAUAUAGCUUUGUGGGAAGGGCAGGAUUUGGGGUAGUUCAGCCCAAACGGUUUAGAAGUCAUAGCCCUACCAAUCUACUUCUCAGAAUGGCCCCAGUUUGAUUUACCAUCGUACUGUUUCCCUUAGAAACUGUCGCAGUCAAGGCAGGUAUUCUUUUUUACCCAAUCAAGUUCUCUUGCAUAGCAGAUAACAGAUACAGAAAGGGAGAGAAUAAGCACAGGUUCCUUUCAGUGUUGGGGAGCAAAGGGGUUCUGAAAUGCAGAAAUGUGCUGUUCUGAAAUGUGCUGUUUUACAGAAUUUAUUUUGGAAAAUGUUUUGUAUUAGAGAAACAAAGAAAGAUUUGGAUUUAAAAUGUGAUUGAAACUACUUUGCAUUCAAUCUGAGCAAAUUUUGAUGGCUUGCAUUAGUACAAAUAACUGUUAGAGAACAGUGCACCCAUUGUCUUGGGUGUAAAAUGCACACAAGGUGAGAAUGAUCUGCCUUGGAGUGCAAGUUUUCAGGAAAUAAGAUACAGAUGCAGCAGUUCAGUGGUUCAUCCUAGAUGCUUUGUAUUGCUGCUGCUUCUCUAAGGUUUCUUAAAAAAACCAUAAUUAGGAAAGAGUGAAACUUAAACACUAACCUAAAUUAAACGUGUUCACAUUUCCCAAAACUAAAUCUAGUUUAAUCAAAAUUAAGCUGAUUAAAUGAUGAUUAAAAAAUGUUUAGAGGAAGUAGAAUAGUUGAGGUUACCCUAUUAUUCUUCAAAUAAUAUGUGGAUGUUUUAGGAUCCUAAUCUAUGAAAUGCAUUUGACUAUUUAAAAAGUGGGGUGAGGAGAAUGCAAACUUGGCCCACAUGGUGUGUGAUGUAUUUACCCAGCCAGCCUGUUUUCAUUAUUCUAGACAACAAAUACACCGAAGUCUUAGGAAGAGAAUCCAGGUCUUAACACAACACUAAUAAUCCCAUUGCUUAUUCAUAAGAGUUAAACAGCUAGGAUAAAGGAUUUCAUGUGUGUAUUUAAACCUCCCCCCCCAUCCAAUCCUUAAUGCAGUCUUCCUUAAUGUGAUAUUUUCAUUAAUUUUUCUUCAGUUAUCUUUGUUCAUUGGGAAAAAAAUGACUUAGGAAGCUUACAGAAGACUGCAUGCUGUAAUUGUGGGAGAAAGCUGAAGAACGUUCUUGCCAUUAGGGGGGAGACUGCUUGAUUUAAAAAACCAAAACAAAACACUUUGGGGACUUGAUUAAAAGUACUUUCUCCAUUCAUGAGUAACUAGUGUAGUUAGGUGGAUUCUCAUGUGAGGAGAAAUCAGUGAUGAUCCCAGGAAUUCUCAUGAUGCAAUGUCCCCGUCCCUCCCAUCUCAUAGGAUUACAAGCACUUCAGUGGCCAAGUCCAGCACUGGACUGCAUAUGUAUAGGAAGAAAUUCUAUGGGGGAAAGCCUGUACUUUAACUGCAGUGGCCCAGUUCACAUGGAAUGCUAAACCAUGGGAUAACCCUAUGUGCACAAUCUGGAGUGAGCCCAAGGCUCUAGAUGAUAUCACCAGGACUUACUUGUAUUUUCCCUUAAUGUUGACUUGUUGUGUUAUCCAUAGUUCCUUCUUACUUACUGG